AUGGAGCUGAGAGGACUCACAUAUCCAGUCAGCAUGGAAGCCAACAUUGUCGUGAUGGGCACAGAGAGUGUGGGAAAGUCAGCUCUUACAGUUCGCCUGCUGACAAGGAGAUUCAUAGGAGAGUAUGGAGACAUUGAAUCCAUCUACACUCACAGAUUCAUGGUGGACGGGAGGGAAACUGCUGUCAAUAUUUGGGAUUCGCCUUAUUCCGAGACGGCGCUCUUUGAGAGAAAAGUCCGGUGGGCGGACGGCUUCGUCCUCGCCUACAGCAUCUGCGACCGCGCCAGCUUCACCGCCGUCACCCGCCUGCUCCACGCCAUCAAAUCCUCCAGAGGAUGCCCGCACGGCGACAGGGCACCCGUCGUAGUCGUCGUGGGCAACAAGCGCGACCUCCACCACCGGCGGAGGGUGCUGAGCGAGGAGGGCCGCCUCCUGGCCCUGGACGCCGGCUGCCUCUUCUACGAAGUGUCGGCGGCAGAGGACUACCACGGCGUGCUGGCGGUCUUCCACGGCCUGCUGACUGGGGUGAAGGACGCCAAGUUGAGCGCCAAGAGGCCGUGCACGGGCCUCAAGGGCAUCGUGAAGAGCGUGUCCGCCGUGUUCGCCAGACGACGGACUGACUCCAUUUAAGACACUUGUUGGGGCGCCACAGACAUCUUUUACCACCAGAGCCUGAAGACACGAGGAAAGAGGACAUUAACCUCGUGACCUUUGACCUAACAUGCUAACUCAAAAUGCAACAUAUAUUAUGGUUCUGUAUUUUGGACAAAAUAUUGGGGAUCUUUCAGCUCCUCCACAAUCGUAAUAACGUUUUUAAUAAUGUUUUCCAUUAAGUUACUGUAUAGGAGCAUGUGCAGGUGUACCUAAUGUAGUCGACAUGAACGAUAUCAUGAGGUGUACCUAAUGUAGCGUCCAGUGAGUCGACAUGAACGAUAUCAUAAGUUGUACC